AAUCUCACCAGUCAGUACAUGCAGAGGAUGUCCAGCGUCAGAGCCGUGCCCAACCCCAUCCUCAACUCCUACCAUCCAGCGCCACCAUCCAGAUACUUCAUGGCCGCUAUUCCACAGGCUCAGAAUCGUGCUGCUUACUAUCCCACCAGUCAGCUCGCUCAGCUCCGCCCCAGUCCUCGCUGGGCCACUCAGGGUGUCCAACCUCAGCAUUUCCAGGGCAUGCCCAACUCUGCCAGGCCCUGGAUGCCCCGUACGCAAACCUUCGGCACCAUGCGUCCUUCCUUCCAGGUCCCACAGGAGAUCGCACCCCAGCGCAUGGGUGCAGCCACAGGAACGGCUCAGGUGAGAGGAGUGCCACAGUACAAAUACGCACCUGGAGUCCGCAACCCACAGCAGCACUUGCCCACUCAGCCGCAGGUGCCCAUGCAACAGCCUGCUGUCCACGUUCAGGGUCAGGAGCCUCUGACGGCGUCCAUGUUGGCUGCCGCCCCUCCACAAAAACAGAAGCAGAUGCUGGGUGAGCGUCUGUUCCCGCUCAUCCAGAACAUGCAUCCCAAUCGGGCUGGAAAGAUCACCGGAAUGCUGCUGGAGAUCGACAACUCUGAGCUGCUGCACUUGCUGGAGUCUCCGGAGUCCCUGAGGUCAAAGGUGGAUGAAGCAGUAGCGGUGCUGCAGGCUCAUCAGGCCAAAGAAGCUGCAUAGAAAUCAGUCCCCAGCACCGCUGUGCCGGCCGUCUAACACAAGAAUGGUUCUCUUUGGCCCUGUCUUCACCAAGAGGGACACAGUA